AUGGUGCUGGUGUCGGCGAAGGUUGUACAGAGGUGGGCGCUCUUCGUCUCGUUCGUGGGCCUGGUCAUCACCUUUGUCACCACCUUCCUGCCCCUGUGGAAGACCCUCAACACAGACCUGAAUGAGAUGGAGAACUGGUAUGAGGGGCUGUGGCACACCUGCAUCUUCCAGGAUGAGGCGGGGAUGCAGUGCAAAGCCUUCGACUCCUUCCUGGCGCUGCCCCCCGAUGUGCUGGCCUCCCGGGUGCUGAUGAUCGUCUCCAUAGUGACGGGGAUAGUGGCCGUCGGCGUGGCGUUCUUCGGGCUGGAGGGAGUGGACCUGGGGCCGGGGAGGCAAGGGCUGAAGAGGGGGCUGCUCAUCCUGGGUGGGGUCCUUUCCUGGGUUUCGGGGAUCACCACUCUCUUGCCCAUCUCCCUGGUGGCCUAUGUGACAGUGGUGGAGUUCUGGGAUGACACUGUGCCUGACAUCGUACCCCGCUGGGAGUUCGGGGAGGCUAUGUUCUCGGGAUGGUUCUCUGGCUUUUUCUUAGUUAUGGGAGGAACCUUCCUGUUUGUCUCUGUGUGCAUGGAGGACCACAGACAGCACGUCAGCCUCCCCGACACCCAAGAGAAACCAAGGACACCACAAUACCUAAAGACAGAGUUUUUAUAG